AAUUGUAAUCAUCWUAUAAAUAAUCAAUAAUCAAUAAUAAUGGCCUGGACUAAGUAUCAAAUAUUUUUGGCCGUCCUGUUGGUCAUCACCGGCACCAUCAAYACAUUGGCCACCAAAUGGGCYGAYAUUACGCCGUCGCGCGGUCGSGAYGGUGUAAUACGCGAGUUUAACCAUCCGUUUCUUCAGGCAGUGGCCAUGUUUUUGGGUGAACUAACCUGUCUAUUGGCCUACAAACUACUCUACUAUUAUUAUAUAAAAAAAGAUUACGUCGACGAUGAACUACCGGAGUUUGUUAAGGGUUCCCGCGAUUUUAAUCCGCUAAUAUUUUUGCCGCCAGCCCUAUGCGAUAUGACAGCCACGUCGCUCAUGUAUAUCGGUCUCAAUCUGACCUAUGCGUCCAGUUUUCAGAUGCUAAGAGGGGCUAUCAUUAUCUUUACCGGCCUGUUGUCGGUAUUUUUUCUCAAACGUCGAUUGAAACUAUACGAAUGGGCCGGUAUGGUUGUCGUGAUUGUCGGUCUGGCCAUUGUCGGUACCGGUGAUUUUGUUUUCAGCAAUGCUAGUCAAUCGGGAAAGUCGACCAGCAAUAUCAUUAUCGGCGAUGUGAUCAUUAUUGUCGGCCAAGUUAUUGCCGCCUCGCAGAUGGUGGUCGAAGAAAAGUUUGUCGCCAGCAGUAAUGUGUCGCCAUUGCAGGCGGUCGGUUGGGAAGGACUGUUCGGUGCCGUCAUAUUGUCCUUCCUAUUGAUACCCAUGUAUUGGAUACCUACGGGUAAUACUAUUUUCAACAAUCCCUACGGAAAUAUGGAGGACGCCAUCGACGGCUUCUAUCAGAUUGGCAAUCAAUGGCAGGUAGCGCUAGGACUGGUCGGUACAAUCAUUAGUAUAUCGUUCUUCAAUUUUGCCGGCAUUUCGGUAACCAAACAGAUGUCGGCCACCACUCGGACAGUACUGGACUCGGUUCGUACGUUUGUUAUCUGGAUAUUCAGUUUGGCCAUCGGCUGGGAAAUACCUGGCAAUCGUACGUACAUACAGGUGGCCGGCUUUAUCGUACUGUUGUUGGGAAUGUUUGUCUAUAAUGAUGUCUUAGUGCGACCGAUGCUCAUAAAAAUCGGAUGUCUUAAGGGUGACGACAACAAAAAUGCCGCACUGGACACCAAUCCCGUGGCUUCGGCACCGGUAGCGGACGGUACGGAUGGCAAUACUAAGCGCGGACAGGAUGUCGAGACAAACAAUUGGUAGUAAAGCGUCGGACAGUUAUUAUAUAUAUUUUAACAAAUUAUUAUAUAAUCAUUAUUUUUAUUAAUAAAUAUUAAUAAUA